UGCGCAGACGGAACGCCGAACAAAGGACGAACUCUCAGUGAAAUACGAUGUUAUAUUUUAAUUAUUAAAGUACUGUUUUACCUUGAUCAGUGUGUGUUAUUAGUAAGCGGAAAGUCAAAUAAGAGUAUUUACAUCAUUGGCGACGAGGUUAAUUGCGGAAAACACCGGGAUUCAGGGUGCACUAGAACUAUCGCAGUUUGCGGUGGUACACAGGGGUGCUGCGCAGUUUGUGCAAGGAAUCUUCUAGCCAUCGUAGGUUGCGGAGGUGCAAAGAGGUGUUGCAGUUUGCAACAAGGGGCUCUACUACAGUGAUAAGAAGGAGGGAGGUGCUUGGAACGCGGCUGCUCAUAUACGUCUAACCAGUUUGGUUGGUAUGUAUAGUAUGGUGGGCUUUUGUUGCCAUUAAUUAAUUGGACAAGAGAACAUUUGCUAACAUUGUUAUUAAAAAUAAAAUAAAAAAUAAUAAAUAAAAACUUGGUUUUAAUACAUUGUUUAUACUAUUUUGGUAACUUCAGAUUGAAACUAAAGAGUACAAUAUAUACAUAACACAACUCUGUAUCGUUUAAUUAGACUUGCAACACACCCGUGCUUGUUUCAUCUAGUUCUUAAAAUAAUUAAAAAUGGUUGUUCGAAUUAAUACUGCAUCAGAGGCAGAGUUACGUGCAAUUCCGGGGGUGGGACAAAAGACUGCAAAGGUUAUUGUUCGAUUAAGGGAAAAAUAUGGGACUAUGACACCAAAGUUAUUGUCAUUAGCAUUGGGAAGAACUGUCCCCAGUCAUGUGCUGCAGCUUGUGGAGUUUCCAGAGGCAGAGCAGGAUUUCAGUUUAGUCGUUUCAGAUGACCUUAGCGAGCAGUUUGCAGAGGUUGAGCAGUUUGCUCUCUCACUACCAGCAAGUGUACAGGUCCAGUCCCCAGGUACAGCCAAACUGGAUGUUGCAGCAAGGCUUAAAAGCACAUGCGCUGCCACCAAAUUAGAGAAAGGCCAGCAGCAAGUCGAACAGAAGCCUAAUCUGAAAAAUGUUGACACUUUGCAGCCGAAGAAAGAUGACAAACCAUGUAAGCCCUUGGAGCGACAAAGCGGUGCGAGAUUCAAGAAACACGAGACUAGUGACUCCGAGGGUCAUUCACGGGUGCGAGCAGAGAAAUGGCGUAAAGGUAAAAAAUCCAAGACAUCUGGCCAUUUAAGGCGUCGCCAUUCCCACGAUAGUUUAUCAAGGGAAGACGACGACAGCGACUGCGAUGACAGACGGUCGGUUCGCAAACAUACCCGCCAAAGUCAUGCUCCAUCCGGUGGGAGGUCAAAGCGCAGGAACCACUCCAGCGACUCAAGUUCAAAAUCGGGGUCGAGACACAGUGGUAAAGCAAGGAGGAGUCAUCGUCAUGGGCAUGGUCGCCGUAGGUCAAGGUCAUCAGGAUCCAGGUUCUACUAUCGGUCGACUUCAGAAUCUGGUAGUUUAUCGGAGGAUGAUUACCACUCUAGAGUCCAUGGUGAUCCCAAGAAGAUGCCGAAGAACCUACGAUAUGAUGGACGUACCAGUUGGCUGUCAUUCAAACAGAAGUUUGACAGCUACAGAAAGGUGUACAAAUGGUCUGACCAUGAAUGCCGGGAUUACCUCAACUGGUGCUUAGAAGGAAAGGCUCUGGACUACUUUACCAUUGAGACGCGCAUGGGAGAAAGUUUUUCUUUCCGUGACAUUAUGAGAAAGAUGGAAGGGCGCUUUGGUUCCAAGGAACUACCCGAAACCAGUAGAGCCAAAUUCCAGCAGGCUACACAGCAGCCGGGGGAAUCCUUAGAAGAUUGGGCGGAUAGAGUGUUAACUCUGGCAACGCCUGCUUUUAGGGACCUUCCAGAUCAGUUUGGUCAACGGGAGGCAGUUUCUAGGUUCUGUCAAGGUUGUAUUGACAGGGAAGCGGGAAAGCACGCCUGCUUCGAACGACCACGAACGAUUCAACAUGCUCUUGAUCUGGUACGACAUCAUCAGUAUGUUUCGCAAGUGGUUGAUGGCAAGAAGGUCAGGAAAUAUGACCAAGAAGUCACAGUCAAUGCGGUUCAGUCCCCGGCAGACGUGAGAAUGGAGAGUCUGGAAAAGGCGAUUGAGCAGUUAACUUGUAAGUUUGAAGCUAGUUUAGCAUCAAACAGUUCAACAAGUAACAAGGACAGGAAGUUCCCACAGAAGACCUUUAGAUGUUUUCAUUGUAAUGGCAGGGGCCAUAUGAAAAGAGACUGUAGGGAGUAUCAGGAAUCCCUUAAACAAAAGUCUGGAGGUCAAGUGGUUGAAAGGAGUCCACAGAAGCCUUUAAACUCCAAGGGGCCGGUGGCGUAG